CUCACUCUGCCCUUCGCUGGCGUCGGCGUCGGCGGGCAGGUAGGCCCCGGAGGUUUGCUCGCGCGCGCGCGCACGGCCGCGCGCGGGCGGCCCCAGGCCUGGUCCCGGAGCCGCGCCUCCGCCCACGCGAGUUAGAAAACGGCCUUAGACAAGAUGGAAGGGGAGAAGCGGCCGGCGCCCUACGAGGGCCUGUUUGCCGACGGGCACCUGAUCCUGUGGACGCUGUGCUCGGUGCUGCUGCCUGUGUUCAUCACCUUCUGGUGCAGCCUCCAGCGGUCCCGCCGCCAGCUGCACCGCCGGGACAUCUUCCGCAAGAGCAAGCACGGGUGGCGCGACACGGACCUGUUCAGCCAGCCCACCUACUGCUGCGUGUGCACGCAGCACAUUCUGCUGGGCGCCUUCUGCGACUGCUGCGGGCUGCGCGUGGACGAGGGCUGCCUCAAGAAGGCCGACAAGCGCUUCCCGUGCAAGGAGAUCAUGCUUAAGAGUGACGGCAGGGCCCUGGACGCCAUGCCCCACCACUGGAUCCGGGGCAACGUGCCCCUGUGCAGUUGCUGCGUGGUUUGCAAGCAGCAGUGCGGCAGCCAACCCAAGCUCUGCGAUUACAGGUGCAUUUGGUGUCAGAAAACGGUACAUGAUGAGUGCAUGAAAAAUAGUUUAAAGAACGAAAAGUGUGAUUUUGGAGAAUUCAAAAAUCUCAUCAUUCCACCAAGUUACUUGACCUCUAUUAAUCAGAUGCGUAAAGACAAAAAAACAGAUUAUGCGGUGCUAGCCUCUAAGCUUGGAAAGCAGUGGACCCCAUUAAUAAUCCUGGCCAACUCUCGUAGUGGAACUAACAUGGGAGAAGGGCUGCUGGGAGAAUUUAGGAUCCUCCUAAACCCAGUCCAGGUUUUUGAUGUAACUAAAACCCCCCCUGUGAAAGCCCUGCAGCUUUGCACUCUCCUUCCCUGUCACUCGGCCCGCGUGCUUGUUUGUGGAGGGGACGGCACGGUGGGCUGGGUCCUGGACGCAGUCGACGAAAUGAAGAUUAAGGGACAAGAAAAGUACAUUCCGCAAGUCGCAGUCCUGCCUCUGGGAACAGGCAACGAUCUGUCCAAUACCUUGGGCUGGGGCACAGGGUACGCGGGAGAGAUCCCCGUCGCUCAGGUCUUAAGAAAUGUGAUGGAAGCAGAUGGAAUUAAACUAGAUAGAUGGAAAGUUCAAGUAACAAAUAAAGGAUACUACAACUUAAGAAAACCCAAGGAAUUCACAAUGAACAACUAUUUUUCUGUUGGACCUGAUGCUCUCAUGGCUCUCAAUUUUCAUGCUCAUCGCGAGAAGGCACCAUCUCUGUUUUCUAGCAGAAUUCUUAAUAAGGCUGUUUACUUGUUCUAUGGAACCAAAGACUGUUUGGUACAAGAAUGUAAAGAUUUGAAUAAAAAAGUUGAGCUAGAACUGGAUGGUGAGCGAGUAGAACUGCCCAAUUUGGAAGGUAUUAUCGUUCUUAACAUCGGCUACUGGGGCGGUGGCUGCAGACUGUGGGAAGGGAUGGGAGAUGAGACUUACCCUCUAGCCAGGCAUGAUGAUGGUUUGCUAGAGGUCGUUGGAGUGUAUGGGUCUUUCCACUGUGCUCAGAUUCAGGUGAAACUGGCAAACCCUUUUCGAAUAGGACAAGCACAUACGGUGCGGUUGAUUUUGAAGUGCUCGAUGAUGCCAAUGCAGGUAGAUGGGGAGCCGUGGGCCCAGGGCCCCUGCACUGUCACCAUAACUCACAAGACACACGCACUGAUGUUGUAUUUCUCUGGAGAACAGACGGACGAUGAUAUCUCCAGUACUUCAGAUCAAGAGGACAUAAAGGAAACCGAGUAGAUGGAUGAGGAAUGAAAGUUUAGAAUUCUCCCAAACAAGCAGAUACGUAUUUGUCCAGGAGUAAAAUUCUCUAUCAGCUGUUUGGUCUUAAUUUCACCAGUAGUAGAAUGGGUAUACAUCUGUGUAAAUAGCAUUCCAAAAACAGCCAAAUUGCCAGUUGUUUACAGAUGCCUGUUCUUUUUUCAGCAAAAUGGUCCCGUCAUAUAGUACUAACUUUACAAAGUCCCAGAGGGCUAAUGACUUGCAGGUGAGAUGUUUGUCAUGGCUUGAUGUGUGAGAGCAGGACUCGCUCUGAGGUCCACAGUCUCCUUCCUUAUUCUUGAACACACAUUUGAUGGACAAGAUGUAGGUGGAAGAAUCAUUGCCAUCUUAAUUCUUAAUGUUGUGACACCAUCCUAACAUUUGAAAAGUUAACUUGCUUUUUUGAACGGAGAUGACUGGUGUCCUACCCCCAGGGUUAGUGCGGGGCCUUCCGCCGCGGCUGGCCCCCGAAGACUUCUCAGCCUAGCACUGUGUGGAUCCAUACGGAUCUGUUUCCAGGAAACCUAAAAAGGAGAAGUGUUAAAGGAAGACAUUACUUAAAUUUUUUAUAUAACUUUUAGGAGCAGAUUGAGACCCCCAGAUGUUGCUUGGUUAACCCUGUUAAUGACCACGUUGAGCUGAAAUUCAGCAUCUCAUUUAUGACCCUGUGGAGCCAGAAGACAGCCACACAGUUGAAUAGGUAACAGUUAACAUUCAGAGCACUUCGGAUUGAAAGUUUCCAAGCUAGACUGUUAACCAGUUUCUCCUGAGUAAGAGACAGUAUCAACAAUUGAAAAAAAGUACUACAGAAAAUGUAUUUGUCCUAUUAGUUGCUCAAAAGAAGUUUGAUAAUGAUUAGUAACUUCUAAAAGUUCAGUGGUCUUCUAGUAUUUGAAGUACAGUAGUCUUUUAUAUCCAAAGUACAGAAAUUCCCCUUGGGGAAACAGACAGAAUCCUGUGCUAAAAUGUUUAUAUCGUAUUUAUUUUAAGAUGAGAGAGAGAUUUUUUUUUAUUUAUUUAUUUUCUUCAUUGUGGUAUACUUGUGUUUAGUGUUUACAAUAUAUAGCUUUAUUUAAUACGUUAAACUCGUCACAUAAAUUCAGCUAGUCACAAUCAGAAAUGUAGCCUAUUGACUAAAGAAGUAAAACCCAUAACUUAAUUUUCCUGGAAUAUCAUCCAGAUAUUCUCAUUCUUCGGAAACAUUACUCAAUAUUUUUUAAAAAGAGGGAGAAUGAAAGCACUGGCAAACUACCUUUACGUAACUGAAAGUUUUGUUUCAUUGUUUUAUUUGACUCUCAAUUGCCAGAAACUGAUUGAAGGGCUGGUCUCAUGGUUCCCCAGUAGAUGGCACUCUCCUGGUGUGAACCCGCCUGAUCCCUCAGGCCAGUGAGGCACACCGUUGGGCCACCAGCCUGGUGUUUUCCUAACAGAUGGCCCAUUUGCAGGCUUGGUGGUCUUUCAUGCCGUUAAUCUCUGAAAGACGAGACUGUAUCCCCCAAAACACCAUUAGCUUCCUAUGAGGAUCUGUUCUGAAUCUACCAUCCGUGAAUUGCCAUUAAACUUAAAUUUCAUUCACCUUCAGGCCAAAGCCAUGUUUUAAAGGAAAAACUUAGUAGUGAUACAGUAGUCAGUUCAUUAUAUAAAAUACUCUGAUUCUGCUUCAGUUAACCCCUUCCACAUCUCAACAGGAGAUGGUAAAUUCUAGUAUUGACAGAUUUUGCGAGCGGAUCUGUUUUCACCUUUUCAUACACCUUUCAUGGUAGGGAACCUGUCGCUAUUGGUGGCAGAGUUUUGUAGAUUUUCUUUUAUGGACCGAUCAUGUUUUGAGUAUAACGAAUUUUAUUCCUUAACUCAUGGUCGACACUGUUACAGGUAUCCCAUUUUAUAAAUCUAGGCUACAGUUUAUCUUACUAUAAUUCCACAGUGCUAAUUGUAGAAUCAAAGUAAAUAGUUGGGGAUGCCAGAAUUCAAAUCAUCAAAAUAGCUAGAAAGCUUUGAUAAUAACCAUAAUGUUACAUCGGAUCUAGAACAGGUUUAUAUACAACAUCCUUGUUUAUUUAAACAAAUUGUUUUUUUCAAUUUUCAUAAUCCCAUGAGGCUUUUCCCUGCUGACCCUUCACGAAGCUUUUCCGUUACCUUAGUCUCAGUCAUUCAGAUUCAUUUAGGAAACUUAUUUUUGAAUACCAUGUCAUCACACAUCUUAUUUUAACAAAGUCCGUUUACUUUUUAGGCACAUUUGUCCGGCAUUUCAAAUAAAUGUACAGGCAUGGGUCUUGUUUUCAAAAGGAUAGUUUACAAGACUCAUGUUGCAAGUAUAUUCUAAGUAUAUUUAAGAGUCGCGGUUGUUGACAUGACCAGUGAUUCUGUACUUUACAAAAAAUCAUUUGCCAUAAUAUUUUCCUGUUCCAUUUUAAAUUGUCUGGACUAAACACGAAAACAAAUUCUGUGUUCUCAGGAGGAAACACAUAAAGCGAAGCCUAGCUCCAUGUCUGUUUCCAGAUUCCUCUCCCCCUUUACUGUCCUCCUACAUUCCUAACCCCUUCAACUUCGUGGCUUAAACACUGAACACCUGGCAGCUCUUAUGGACCCCGUAAGUAGGUGGUGAUAAUUUCUCAGUGCUUUUUAUGUUGCGUAGAAAUCAAACUGACUUGUGUUUUAAAACACAAGUUGUCUGAUAGUGAGGUUACACGACCUUAAAUGGGUUUUAGGUUUUCUGCAGCAAUUAGCUGGGAACCCCUAAUGUAGCUACUGUUUAUAAAAAUUUUAUAGUCAAAAUUAUUUAUUUUUAUUUUUUUAGGGUGUGUCAGAAUGUGUCGUAUUUGCUUUUUGAAAUAUGUUUGCCUACUUCGAGUUGUAAAAUAUUCUGUGGCUCAGAAAUUGUCAAGUCCUUUUUGCGUUGUAAAAAUGAACACUACCAGCGUGUCAAAAGAAAAAUAGUUUGCAUUUGUAAUGUAAAGUAAAAUUGUAUUUACUGUAUAUUAUGGAAUUUUAAAUUUGCACUAACUAGGAAACUGUAAAGGUUAUGUUAAUUUACAGAUUCAUGUGGAUCCGAAUACAUCAUUUGUACUUAUUUGGCCAAAUAGGUCAGUAGAAUAGGUGAUAGUUUUGUGUGGUUUUUCCUUGAGGUGAUAACAUUGAAGCAAGAACCAGCACUUUAUACUCAGAAUUGUUUUUAAUUCUACCUAAUUUGGGACAAUGGAAUGUAGGUCGAUUUAUAAAAAAAAAUAUAUCUAGGAACUUGAAAAGAGUGUUGUUACUCUGUCCCACUCCGAAUGAAGGCAUGUUCCCAGCAGCAAGACAGAAGUGGUUUUGCGCUUGCUUUUAAAGUAUGCCCUAGCUUUCCCACAUCUUCCCUGUAAGGCCUCUCUCCUCUUUAUCGAAGUGUGAUCUACCAGUUGUCCGCAGCGUCCGUCCGAAUCACCUGGGGAGCUCUGAUGCCGAAGGCCAGCCCCUGACGUCAUGAAUCAGUGUCUCUGAUGGGACAUAGACAUUUCGUAAUCCCAUGAGGCUUUUCCCUGCUGACCCUUGGUGCUUUUAUUCACAAGCACCUCGAGUGCUUCUGAUGCACGCUGACAUUUUUAAAGCGACUGGUCUGUACCUCAUGUGUUCACCCAGGGCUUUUGCUGGAUGGAUAGCAUGCAGGAAAAUUGAAUCAGAUAUUCUUAAAAUUGUUUUUCCUUCACUCCGCUAACUGCGUUCUUCCCCCACAAAUCUCUCUCCUAAAGGAAUGCUGUGAACGAUUUGUUCAUGUCCUAUCCUAUCCAAAUUGAUAAUAUUUAUCUGGACGCUAUUACCUAAAAAUUGGUAGCCACCGAUUCUUAUGUGGAAACAGGUUUUGAAACUAUGAUCUGGGGAGUCUUAGAGAACAGGUGGUGCUCAGGGGCCAGUGGGAUGGACCCCCAAGGGGCUCCCGCUUUCUCCCUUCAUUCGGUGCAGCCCCCCCACUGGAUGCUGCUUAAGGUAAGAUUUCAGUAAAUAAAAUUCUGCCUCUUUUUGAAAAAAAAAAGGAUUCCAUACUUUUUAAAAGGGUUUGGAAGCCACUAAGUGAAUGACUCUGUCACCUGGUUAAUUUUCUGCUGAUUUUUACAUAUUCAGAAACCUCAUGUUUUUUGACAAAAAAUGUUUUGAAGGUCUUGCUGCUUGGAAUAUGACCAUCUGGCUAUUUCACAAGUUUUAAAGGCAUUUUCUUUUUUUUUUUUUUUUUUUGAAUAGUAAAGCACUGGCUUAACCUCCGUUCCUCCGUUCCUCACAUUUCUAAUGUUAGUAUAGAAAUGGUCUGAGUAUUUAGUUCAUUUUAGUUAGUAAAUACACAUACACAUUUCCCCCCCACGGCCCCGACUGUAGUCUGUGCCUGAGGCUUGCAGGAAUGAAGGAGGUGCGUUCCAAGGAUCUGGAGAAAGAAUCCAAAAAUGUCCCCCUCUCAAACAGAAGCUCACAAAACAUAAAUGAUUGCACUUAGCCAUCUGCAGAGAGGUCUGAAGAAAGUCAGAGACCUAGAAGCUGAAAAUGCAGGUGUAUUUCCUCAGUGUCUGCCGGGGCUUGGACUCCCUCCAGUAAAGGAAAGUGUCCAAGCAGAACGCACUGAGCAAGAUAAACCAUACGAAAUUUCCACCUUGUGGUGCUUUCUGGUGACCGAUGUGGAAGGUUGGAAAGGAGAGCUGGGAAGUUAGGUUGCUAUCCUUGUUCCCCUCACACUAAUCAGGCGACAGGGCAUCUGUCCUAUGUGCGGACCUCACCGUGUGUGAGAACAUACCUGCAGGAAGGGCAGGCGGGGUAUAGUCGGAGGACGGUGGCUCAUCGGAGCGUUUGCUGCCCUCACUCUCCACUCUCGUUCUGGGCCCUGCCGGUAGUUUUCCUCUCGAAUUUGAGCUGCUUGAAGGAGCCCCACGGAUGAAUGGGCGCUCUGAUUUGUAAUUCUAUUCGAGUUUCGAGCAGCCUGGAUCCUCGCCCUGAUCGCUCGCAGGUGAGCUGACUGAACUGGCUCCCUGGCCCACGGUGUGGACACUUGGGGUGGCUCCGCCUCCUCAGCCAGCUGGCCUCGCACUUCUCCCCCCCACCCCCAUCCCCCACCGGGCCACACACCACGAACACCACUCAAGCACCCUGUGUUACUGAAUUGCUUUUGUUGGGUUUGCUCCGUGUUGUGGUCGAUGCCUACUGAGAAAUGUGAAUUAAAGCACUGAUACGUGGAAAACUUUUGCUUGUUUUUUAAUAAAAGUUAAAGUGCGGCACUCCA